GAAUUAUAAAAAUAUAAUUAUAUAUAUAUAAAAGACCCUAAAAACCCUAAAUUUGAGUUAAUACCAGAUAAAACGUUAAUAUCAGGUGUAUAGGAGUUAGGUGUAUAGUAGUUAGUGUAACGGGCUUGGAAGAACUUGAACGAAAUAUGACAUCUCUAACCACAUCAAUCGAAAUUUGUGGCAAUAACGUACAGAAAUUGGAACAAGAAUCCGGAGAGAAUAUAAAAUCCGGUGUUACGGCACUGGAUGGACUUCAUCAAAAUUUCCAAUCACUGAUGGCAUCAAUCCAAACUUGCGUUGACAAUAUGAGGAAAAUAGAAAAAACAACAAUCUCAAACAUAAAUUCCAGAACGAAGGAAUGGGAUCAAUUGAAUGAGAACGUUAGAUCAACUAGUAAUAUUUUAGAGGAAGUCCAAGAAAAGGUCGAAAACAACACGUCUAAUCUUACCAAAUGUUUCGAUAACCUCGAGGGGAUCACUAAAAACCUUUCCUCAAAUGAGGGACGAUUGACAACUGCGGAGUCCGAUAUCAUCAACCAUUUGACCGAAGCAAGUGCAGACCUUACUAAAAGCACUACAGCAAUUGAGGGAAUUAAAGAAACAAUAAACACCUAUUCUAGAACAAUGGAGAAUUCGAACAUUGCCCUUCAUACAUUGAAUACCCAGAUGGAGAAUGAACUUAAGACAAUCUGUGAGGAGAGUACUAAAGUUAGACUCGAUCUUGGAAUAAAGAGAAUUGAUCAGGGGAAGUUAAUUUGGCAGUUCAUCGGAGAAAAGUUCGAAACUGGAUACGAAAAAACAUGUAAAGAUAUAUCAGGAGUUUCUGAACUGAUAAAAACUUUGAUGAAUAGCAAGAAAUUUCAGCAGACGGUAGAUGGAGGAGAAAUACGGGUGACGGAGGUACCACAGGGGGUGGCACAGAACGCGGCAUUGGAGAGUGGGGAUGGAGAAGAAGUGGGACAAGGCUUACCAUCCGAAAUUUCCGAUAAAAGACCUCGAUCAAACGGUGAUGAUACCGAGACCCCAGGCUCAGCAAAAAGGCGUUGCAAUAACGAACGUCAGUCCUCCGAUAUAGAGGCUCGAUGGAUAUCUAUAUUUAUCGAUGGACCGGCUGGUCUAAAGCAAAAGAAAAGUAAAUCGCUGGCUUCCAGUCAAAUUCCAACUGGUAUUCAAGAUCUCAUUCAUGACAGAAGAACGAAAAUCAGAACCAGGCCGGAUAACGUUGAUUUCAACAAAGAUAGGCCUCGAUUUUGUUUUAUGUCUCAAUAUUAUCCAUCUUGUGAAUGGCCAGAAUCAAUUAACAUGCCGCGUGGAAAGAGUAAGAAAGAUAGGGAUGCUUUAAUAAGGUGGUGGGAGGAUAAAUGGGUUAAUCAGGAAACUACAAUGUGUCCUCGGUGUUUGUGGAAAGAAAAAGAGGGGAAGGAGCACGGCGCCACAUGCUUUUAUUUUACCGAUGUUAAAAACGUUAUGAUUUUUGAGAAAGGUGAUUGAAUUUACAUUGGCUCUAGUAUGUUGCUUUCAGACAAGUAUUUGUAAAGUUUAUAAUUUCAAUACAAAAUCUA